AUGUCGUCGGAUGAUGAUAUGGACGGUAAUGAGUUGAGUGAGGCAGUACAAGUAGGAGUCAUAAGUGGAGUGGGAAGAAUAUUAAGGAAUCGAGUACUCGACAAAAUCGAUGAGCCGAUGGUAUACGACGAUCUACGAAAUGGGAACGAGUUAUGUAGAGGGAGGAUGAUCCCAAUGAGUCCUCAACUUAUUGCUCAGGUUAAAUCCAUCUACAGAAUAUGUCAGUUGGAACUGCAGAACAGAAACAGCACAAAAACACCGUUAAUGGUAGCAUCAAUCCUAGGACUUGCAGACAUGGUGUGGGGUUUUAUCGAAUGUUCAAAAGAAACACGUACAAAUCUUCACACCCAAAGAAGAGGACUGUCACAAGACUUCUUAUGGCUCCGGAACCGCGACGGAAAGACAGCACUGGAUAUGGCGAUUUCCGAUAAUCAUGUGGAGGUGGCUAAGCUAUUGUUGAGCAAUGCAUCUUACGGGGAUUUAGAAUCCGAAUGGAAUUCUAAAGGAAAGAUUCUAUUUCCCCUGUUACAUGACCCUAAAUAUGACGGCUUCAUUUUUCGAAUGUUGGAAAAAGACACAAUAAGAGCGCACUUUGCUCUACCAAUAUAUAUGCCGCUCCAUAAUCAACAAGGACGAAGUUAUUUGAAUUUGGAUGAGCUUAUACUCAGUCUGCAUAGAUGGAAUCCACUUGAGUACACCAUUCUUCACAUUGUAUCCAAGUUUGGAGUUGUGAAUUAUGUAAAAGAUAUUCUUAUAAAGGAUCCUUCACUGAUAUCACGUCAUAAUUCAGAAGGGGAGACACCUGUAUAUGUUGCUGCAAAGGAAGGACAUGUUGAUGUUCUUCAAACCAUGCUUGAUCAUUUAGAAGGAAAACAAGAGGACAUUGAAUCGCUUCUCAUAAGGCCCGAGGACAAAAACAACGCAUUGCAUAUUGCCAUACAAAAUCAUCAUGCACCAGUAGUAUUUUGGUUACUAAAAAAUUUUCCUGAACUCGCAAAUCACAAUAACGUAUUGAAAGAAAGCCCUCUUUACCUUGCCGCUGAGAGAAGCUAUUUUGAAAUUGUGAAACUAAUUCUGAACGAGUGUGGAGAAAUAUCUUUCAAAGGACCAAAUGGCAAAACAGCAUUACAUGCAGCAAUAAUUUCAAAUUCGGCAGAAUGCGUUGACUACUUGCUACAAGUAAGCCCUUAUCUGAUUAAUGAAAAAGAUGAGAAUGACUGGACCCCUUGGCAUUAUGCUGUUCAUUAUAACAGUUCGUUAGCAAUGAAAGAACUGCUAAAUGCAGACAACUCUAUUGGAUAUCAGUUAGUCACACAAGAUGAUAUAGUCACUUCAGCACUUCACAUUGCAGCUAGUGAAGGCCAUUUAGUAACAAUGAAGGUUAUUAUGAGCAAAUGUCCAAGAAGCUCAGACUUCAUUGAUAGCAAAGGAAGAAACAUUCUUCAUGUUGCUAUUGAAAGCGAGCAAACUGAAGCAAUUGAAUUCAUCUUUCAAGAUGAAUCGUUAACAAGCCUUAUCAAUCAAAAAGACAGCAAUGGGAACACGCCUGCUCAUCUGUUGGCAGUAUGGAACUUUGAAAUGAUGGAGAAGGUAAUAGAUUCUAGGGUCAACAUUCGUUCCCUCAACAAUGAAAAACACACUCCUUUGGAUAUGAUAGCUUCGAAUGAAAACAAAAAGAGAUUGAUUAAGGCCAUAGCUAAGGGUACAGACAUGGGUAAUAAGACAAGCUCAUCAUCUUCUAACAUAAGCAUGAGUGACUUGUAUGAAAAAGAAUUAGAAGGUAAACAAAAAAAAGCGAAAGCACAUUUAAAGAUGGUGGACAAUCUGGUUUUGGUGGUUACUCUUAUAGCCACAGCAUCCUUUGCAGCUGCUUUUACAGUGCCAGGUGGUUUCGAUAGUGAUGAUGGCUCUAAACAAGGCACACCCUAUCUACUUAGAAAAGCUGCAUUCCAAGUAUUUGUUAUCAGUAAUGCUAUAGCAUUCUCUUGUUCUUGCUCUGUUCUGCUUGCACACAUUGUGUUACUAAUCCAUCGUAAUCGUUAUGAUGUAGCAGGAGAGACCGAACGAAAGUACAUAGAUGGCAGAAUUGUGUUUAUGUAUUUUCUUACAGGAGUUGCCCUACUUUCUAUGUUAAUUGCAUUUGUCACUGGCUUUUAUGUUGUGCUAUUACCAUCACUUUGGUUGGCAAUUUUCGUAUGCUUUGUGCAUCCAUUAAGAGCUUAUUGUGCUCAUGGAAGAAAAUGCAACUUCAAUUUGCAUAUGGGAUGUGGUGGAAAAGUCAAAGUCAAUGGGAAAGAUAUCCUAAUUGGUAAAGCAUGUGAAGAUCCAAAGGUUUUGAUCAAUUGGGAUGGGGUGCACUACACUCAAGUAGCUAAUGAAUGGGUCUUUAAUCAGAUUGUAAACGGUUCACUCUCUGACCCGCCAUUGCCACUAGGAUUAGCUUCCUAUAAACAGUAUUAA